AUGGCAGCGCCCAUGUUUUGAUUAGAGAAAAGGCCGGUACGUCGUCUCGUCGUAGGUAGCAUUUUGUUUUUACCUCAGUGGUAGGAUCAGUUGUUGGUAUUAACCUACCUAUUCACCGAAGCAUCUUGAGCUAGCCAAGCUGUGGAUUCUGCCGUGAAACUUUUAAGAAAGAAACAACUUUUUUGCAAGUAAGAGAGGGCAUUUGAUGUACCACUACCAUCCUUCAGACAGCUAGCGGAGUCAUAUGGACUAGCUUGAGUACUGUGUUCAAACAUGGUCUCAAUAAACAAUCUAACUUUCCAUGUAGCCGUCGUCUUUUUACUCCUUGUGGUUGGCAAUCUCGCAAGUAAGAAGAAAAAUGAGGAAAUCAAGAAGAAAUGUGAGACGUGUAGGGAACUGGCCAAGUCUUUCAAUGAGGGAAUGGAGCGUACGGCCCGAUACAAUUUUGCUGGUGGUGACACGGACUGGCAGGAGAAGAAGUUGGGAAAAUAUUCCACAAGUGAAACAAGGCUGAUUGAAAUUGUGGAGCAGUUAUGCACCAAAGAAAAACAUGAGUGCAAUAUGAUGCUGGAACUCAACGAAGAAACGAUAGAGACAUGGUGGACACAACAUCAAACGGAGCAUCCCGAUUUACUUCAAUGGUUUUGUAUAGAUACGCUUAAAAUUUGCUGUCCUGAAAAUAGGUUUGGUCCAAAUUGUGAAGAUUGUCUAGGAGGGGUAGAGAGACCAUGCAAAAACAAUGGAAAGUGCUCGGGUGGUGGAACACGCGCUGGUACUGGAAAAUGUAAAUGCAACGGAGGUUACAAAGGAGAACUAUGCGACGUUUGUAAAAAUGGUUUCUUCACAGAGAUGACAAAUGAGACCCAUACUGUCUGCACAGGAUGUGAUGAAUCAUGUGCCUCAACAUGUAUCCAUGGGGGACCUACAGGGUGCAAGAAAUGCAAAGGAGGAUACAACCUGGUGGAAGAGAAGGGCUGUCAAGAUAUAGACGAGUGUAACCAGGACCAUCCACCCUGUGAGUCCAGCCAAUUCUGUGACAACUCCCCAGGUUCUUUCAAGUGUGUGGAAUGCCACAUGGCUUGCGAGACUUGUAUAGGCAAGGGGCCGGAGAGCUGCGUGAAAUGCAAACCAGGUUUCAUAAUGGAGGAGACAACGUGCAAAGAUAUUAAUGAGUGCGACACUGAUGAGACGUGUAAGAACGAUCACAUGUUCUGUAAAAACGUUCCCGGCAGUUUUAUGUGCGAGUGCGAGGACGGUUACUUGCAGGGCACGGACGGCUGUGUCGAGAAAGCUUUACUGGACGGAAAAGCCCAUCUGCUUGAGCCAACCCUGGGCCUUAAAGAUGGUGACGCUUCACCCGAUGAGGAAAAACAAAAGGAAGCGGAUCGUUCCACUACCGUUGGAGGGGAGGCUGGCAAUAUCAGUGACGAGUCGCAAACACUAACGCAGACCGAUGAAAGUAACGGUUCGGAAAAUGUUCAAAUGAGAAAAGAUUCUGACGUUUCUGGUGGGAAGGUUUUUGAGGAGGAACCAGUACGAGAGGAAUUAUGAUAGUGGAUAUGUGCGAUUUCUCAAACUUUAUAAAAAACAAAUUAAUAUUUAUAUGAGGUAUGUUCAUUUUCUGUUUUAUUUCUACAGGAAAAAAGGUCACAAUUAUUAACAAUUAUAAAAGUCUACUUGUGAUUUUUAUAUGGCAAUUACCAAGGCACUGUAAAAUGUUUAAUUUUUUUUUUUACAUGUUUAUUGAGCCAUUUUCAAUUAAAAUUGUUGUAUACAUUUGGUAUUGGAACUCGCUCUUUGUUGUUUCAAUCCUGUUUAGUUGCAGAUAUAAACCAUUACGCUAACCUGUGCAAAUUUUCUUUCAAAAAGGUGGUAGCGUCUUUGACAUUUUGCAGAAUGUCCUGAGUGGCUAUCUCCCAACAUAGGAAGCAUAAUCUGCAACUGUAAUACACAAUCUGGGAAACGUUACUUUCAGUACUUCUCUUCAGGUUUAAAUAAGGGAUGAGAAGGGACAUCUCCUUCCAUAUCGCAGUACUCGGAAGUGAAAAUGCAUUAAGUUGUCUGUUUGGUUAUUAUCAAAGACCAGUCUUUUCACUUGGUGUAUCCCAACAUAAGCAUAAAAUAACAAACCUGUGAAAAUUUGAG